GCAGGUUUAAAGGCCGGAGCGGCGCGGGGAAGGGGUGCGGGCGCGCCGGAGAGGAAGCGGCCGGGGCCGAGCAGCGGGGCAGCCCGGCCGGCAGCGUUGUAGACGAUGCCAGCCAUCAACAUCGAGGACCUGAGCGAGAAGGACAAACUGAAAAUGGAAGUGGAGCAGCUCCGGAAAGAAGUGAAGCUGGAAAGGCAGCCGGUGUCCAAGUGCUCCGAAGAGAUCAAGAACUACAUCGAGGAGCGGUCGGGAGAGGACCCGCUGGUGAAGGGGGUCCCCGAAGACAAGAACCCCUUCAAGGAGAAGGGAGGCUGUGUCAUCGCUUAGGAGAAGGAGCCCCCGCCUGCCCCUGCUGCAGACAUUCCUCCCGUACCCGUAGGGAGCGACUAGCGCGUCCCGUCCGCCGCCGGUCUGUGUCGAACGAGCACAGGAGCGGAUUUAUUUUCAUUUUCUAUUUCUCCUUACAAAAAUACAGAAACCCUCGCGAAAGCAGCCGAGCCCCGCGCCGGCCGCUGGCCAGGGCCGGCUGUGCCCCGCUCCCCGCCGUGCCCGGCCUGUGUCGCUGCGCGGGGCCCGCUCGCCACCCGCUUGUCGGUCGCUUCAUGGCUGUUCGUUGGCAUUAAAGAGAACCUGCCCGUAA